AUGGUUCCUAAUGAGAUCAGCGGAGUCCACUAUCUAGCACAUGAAAAUCCAUUCCUAGUUCCACCCAACUUUGGCCUUCUGCAAAGUGACAUCCCAAACCUCCAUCUCAACGCCCUCCUAAGCAACUUUCCAAACUGCCACUUCCCUCCUUCAGGCCUCGAAUUUGUUGUUCCUCCCUCCUCAUGCCUCAGCAGCAACUCAACCUCUGAUGACGCUGAUGAAAUCCAGUUCAACAUCAUCGACGAAAGGAAGCACAGGAGAAUGAUAUCGAACCGAGAAUCCGCCCGCAGAUCGAGGAUGAGGAAGCAAAAGCACUUGGAUGAACUGUGGUCACAGGUUGUUAGGCUCAGAACUGAGAACCACAACCUUAUUGACAAACUCAACCAUGUGUCUGAGUCCCAUGACAGAGUCCUCCAAGAGAAUGCACGCCUCAAGGAAGAAGCUUCUGAUCUUCGCCAAAUGAUAGCAGACAUGCAAAUUGGGACCUCCUUUGCUUGCACUAUGGAAGAUUUGGAGGACUUACCAUGCAACAAACCUGAUCCCUCAAACCAAUCAAUCACUCCUGCUGACAUGAUUCAUGAAUGA